AUGACUUUAAGAACGAACAGCUUCGGUAAAGCGGAUUCAACUGCCAUCAUAAAGGAGAGAGGAUGCAAUAAGAUGGUUAGGGAGAAUUCGAUAAACUUGAGGAACUUCGAGCCUGCAAAAUUAGUCCUUGAAACGACGCUUUCGUUCAAGAAUUUAUUUCAAGAAAUAAGAAAAUCAGAAUCUAGUUAUUCGCACACAAAAGUCGAUACUUGUGAACUCCCAGAACCAGCCAUUAUGUUUUCUCCAAGACCAGUUAGUGAGCUUGAUGCGGCUGCAGUCAAGCUUCAAAAAGUCUACAAGAGUUACCGGACUCGAAGAAACCUUGCAGAUUGUGCAGUCGUGGUCGAGGAGCUAUGGUGGAAGGCUUUGGACUUUGCAGCUCUCAAGCGUAGCUCUGUCUCAUUCUUUAAUGUUGAGAAACCCGAAACUGCGGUUUCUCGGUGGGCUAGAGCCCGGACGAGAGCAGCUAAGGUUGGAAAAGGAUUGUCAAAGGAUGAGAAGGCUCAAAAACUGGCCCUACAGCACUGGCUUGAAGCUAUUGAUCCACGUCAUCGAUAUGGACACAAUUUACAUCUCUAUUAUGACCUCUGGUUCAAAAGCGAAAGCGCUCAACCUUUCUUCUAUUGGCUCGACGUUGGAGACGGAAAAGAAGUGAAUCUUGAGAAUUGUCCAAGGGCCACAUUGCAACGUCAAUGCAUCAAAUAUCUAGCACCCAACGAGAGAGAACCAUAUGAAGUCAUCAUAAAAGAUGGGAAGCUCGUGUACAAAGAAAGUGGUGCCGUUGUGGAGACCUCUGAGGGUUCUAAAUGGAUAUUUGUUCUUAGCACGACAAGAAUUUUGUACGUUGGGCAGAAGAAAAAAGGCCUCUUCCAGCAUUCAAGUUUUCUAGCUGGUGGGGCCAUCACAGCUGCUGGAAGAUUAAUCGCUCAUAGCGGAGUUCUUGAGGCAAUUUGGCCAUACAGUGGGCACUACCACCCGACUGAAGAGAACUUCAGGGAAUUCAUAAGCUUCCUGGAGGAGCACUGUGUAGAUCUUGUUAAUGUAAAGAGAUGUGCAGCUGAUGAUGAUUACCUUCCUUCCGAUAAGGAUUCUUACGAAGAAUCGCUUGGAAGAUCCACUUCUGAAGCCAAACUACCAGAAAAUACAUGUGAGGUCAAUGGUUUGACCAGGGAAGAAGAAAUUACAUCUUGCGAUCAAAAGGAUAAGCCGGUGUUCAACUUGUCUAAGCACAUGUCCUGCAAAUGGACUAGCGGCGCUGGACCACGCAUCGGAUGUGUUCGGGAAUACCCUGCUGAGUUACAAUUCCGAGCACUCGAACAAGUUAACCUUUCACCACGGGUGGCUUAUGGACCUCUCAACUACCAUGGUCCAAUCCCAUCACCUCGACCAAGUCCUAAGAUUCGACUUUCUCCACGGGUUUCAUACAUGGGAUUGCCUAGUCCGAGGACCCCUAUUCCUGUAGCUAACUAA